AAAUGCCUAAGGACAGAGAAAGGAGCCAGCCAUGAAUACCUUCCAGAAAAAUGAGUCCAAGGAAACUCUUUUUACACCUGUCUCCAUUGAAGGGGCACCACCUCGACCACCAAGCCCUCCAAAGAAGUCACCUCCGAAAAUCUGUGGUACCAACUAUCCAUUGAGCAUUGCCUUCAUUGUGGUGAAUGAAUUCUGCGAGCGCUUUUCCUAUUAUGGCAUGAAAGCUGUGCUGACCCUGUAUUUCUUAUAUUUCCUGCACUGGGAUGAAGACACCUCCACAUCUAUAUACCAUGCCUUCAGCAGCCUCUGUUAUUUCACUCCCAUCCUGGGAGCAGCCAUUGCAGACUCGUGGUUGGGAAAAUUCAAGACAAUCAUCUAUCUCUCCUUGGUGUACGUGCUUGGCCAUGUGAUAAAGUCCUUGGGUGCCAUACCAAUUUUUGGGGGACAAACACUACACAGAGUCCUAGCAGUGAUUGGUCUGAGUCUUAUAGCUUUGGGGACAGGAGGUAUUAAACCCUGCGUGGCAGCUUUUGGUGGAGACCAGUUUGAAGAAAAACAUGCAAAGGAGCGGACCAAAUACUUCUCAAUCUUCUAUCUCUCCAUCAAUGCAGGCAGCUUGAUUUCUACAUUUAUCACACCCAUGUUGAGAGGUGAUAUCCAAUGUUUUGGGGAAGACUGUUAUGCACUGGCUUUUGGAAUCCCAGGAUUGCUUAUGGUGAUUGCUCUUGUUGUAUUUACACUGGGAAGCAGGAUGUACAAAAAACCACCUCCUGAAGGAAACAUAGUGGCUCAAGUUGUCAAAUGUAUCUGGUUUGCUAUUUCCAACCGUUUCAAGAACCGUUCUGGAGAUGUUCCAAAGAGACAGCACUGGCUGGACUGGGCAACUGAGAAAUAUCCGAAGCAGCUUAUUCUGGAUGUGAAGGCUCUGACCAGGGUACUGUUCCUUUAUAUCCCAUUGCCCAUGUUCUGGGCUCUUUUGGAUCAGCAGGGCUCACGGUGGACUUUGCAAGCCACCAGGAUGGAUGGGAAUUUGGGGUUUUUUGUGCUUCAGCCUGACCAGAUGCAAGUACUAAAUCCUCUUCUGGUUCUUAUCUUCAUCCCAUUGUUUGACCUUGGCAUUUAUCGUCUGGUCUCCAAGUGUGGAAUUAACUUCACAUCAAUUAGGAAAAUGGCUGUUGGUAUGAUCCUAGCAUGCCUGGCAUUUGCAGUUGCUGCAGUCAUAGAGAUAAAAAUAAAUGAAAUAGCACCACCCCAAGUGAGUCCCCAAGCAGCUUUCCUACAGGUCGUGAAUUUGGCAGAUGGCGAGGUGAACAUGACAGUGCUGGGAGAAAACAACAAUCCUUUGUUGGAAGAGUCUAUCAAAUCCUUUCAGAAAAUACCACACUAUUCCAAACUGCACCUGAAUACUAAAAGCCAGAAUUUACACUUCCGCAUGAAAUAUAAAAAUUUCUCUGUGUACACUGAGCAUUUUGUGGAGGAGAAGAAUUGGUACAGUCUGAUCCUUCAUGGGAAUGGGAACAAUAUCUCCAGCUUGAUGGUGAAGAAUGAAGAAAACAAAACAACCAAUGGGAUGACAGUCGUGAGGUUUGUUAACACUUUGCCUGAAGUUGUCAACAUCUCCCUGGGUACAGAUACAGCCUUCAGUGUUGGUGAAGCCUAUGGUGUGUCUGCUUACAGAACUGUGGAAACAGGAGAAUACCCUGCAGUUCAUUGUAAAACAAAAGAUAAGGGAUUUUAUCUGAAUUUGGGUAGACUGGACUUUGGUGCAGCAUAUCUGUUUGUUAUUACUAAGAGCACCAGUCAGGGUCUUCAGGCAUGGAAGAUGGAAGACAGGACAGCCAGCAAAAUGUCCAUCGCAUGGCAGCUACCACAGUAUGCCCUGGUUACAGCGGCGGAGGUCAUGUUCUCUGUCACAGGACUUGAGUUUUCUUAUUCCCAGGCUCCCUCUAGCAUGAAAUCUGUACUCCAGGCAGCAUGGUUGUUGACUGUUGCUAUUGGGAAUAUUAUCGUCCUGAUUGUGGCACAAUUCAGUGGCCUGGUACAGUGGGCUGAAUUUGUUUUGUUUUCCUGCCUCCUGCUGGUGGUCUGCCUGAUCUUCUCCAUCAUGGGAUACUAUUAUGUUCCUUUAACACUAGAGGAAAUCCAGGGUACAGAAGAUAAGCAGACUCUUCCUAUCCAAGGGAACAUGAUCAACCUGGAGACCAAGAAGACAAAGCUCUAA